AUGGAAGAAAUCGGCGUGUCUUGCAUUUCAUUCUAUAUCAGUAUAAUAUAUUCCGAGUUGUGCGAUAGAGAGAUAUCACACUUUUUUGGUUUCAUUGAGCCAUCGUGGUCAUCGAGAAUUGGGACAAAUAUGGAUAAUCGGGCUGAAAUUAUCUCAGAGCGUAUCAAUAACACAGUAAUGGGUCAAACUUGGUUAAUGCCAUAUCAUUUCUUACGUCACUGGAUGUUAGUGAUCAUUGAUCCAGAUGGCCAUACAUGUUACUAUCUUGAUCCACUUAGAAAAUCUCCUCCAAAUGAUUUGAAGAACCUUAUGAACAAUGUCUCUUCACACAUUAAGCGAAAGACAGGAAGGAAUGAAAAAAAUUACAAGUGGAAAAUAGUCAAUUGCCCUCGUCAAACAUCGUCAGUAGAAUGCGGUUUUUAUAUCAUAAGGAUGAUGAAGGACUAUUGCUUGAAUGAGACACCAAUGCGAUGGCUAACUAGUAAUUGUGGUGGAAAGAAUACAGAUACACCUGGUGAAAUUAAUGAAACUCGAAAUGAAUGGGCAGCCAAGCUUCUUGAGCGGAUGAGUCAUAAUUUGGAACAUGCUGAGUUUUAUUGA